AUGCCCAUGUACCAUUUCGAACUUGCUAUUAAACUGACCCAAACCCAGAAGCUGGCUUUGGUCAAAAAGAUUACAGACUGGCACGCAACCACAUUCAGGUCACCACGGUUCAUUGUCAAUGUUCGUUUUAUGGACGUGACCCAAGGCCUCUUGGCGGAUACCUACGUUGGCGGCCAACCAAGACAAAUCAACCGCCUCUUUGUCAGUCUCCGCAGCGGUGGUGGCCGUACCCAAGAGCAGCUGGAAGGCAUGGCCGACAAGCUGGAGGGUUUCUGGAAUGAGGCCGUCGGCAAAGACUCUAUUGCGACGCAACUCAGGGGAAUAUUCAUCAAGAGAGAAUUGGACGUUGCAAAGGAAUCAGGAUUUCAUCUCCCUCUGCCUGGUGGCUUUGAGCAGUGGGUGAAGGAUAACACGGAAGAGUUGCAGCGUUUGGCGGCAGAGGGCGAUCCUGAUGCGGCGCAGGUUGUUGAAGAGAUCAAGGUUAGGCCCGAGUUUCAGAAGUAA